GAGGUUUGCCGAGCAUCACAAAAUCAACCCAUGAGUACAUGGUUUCACUGUCACAGAUCCCAUCUACACAUAAAGAUACCCCCAAAAAGAGUCGCCAGCUAAAUACAACUAAGCUUAGAUUACGCUCUUUACUCCUUUCUUCCCUCCAUAUAUAUAUGAUCAAAUCUUCAUCUCUUUCCCUACAUCAUACUCAAUAAACAUGGCUCUAAUCCAACACAUUUUGUUCCUUUGUCUCGCAUUGUUCUGCUCGACAACCUCGGUCUCCUCGCACAGCAGGCAUUACUCGACUCCGAGCGUUCCACGUCUAACUGACUUGUUUAACCGUGUCGCGGUGAACCAUAGCUUUUCCAACGCUUUUGGUGCACAUAACAUCAAGCUACUCAACAAUGGCUCCAUGGUGAAUCUCGCACUCGAUAAAACAUCGGGUUCGGGAUUGGCUUCGGUGGAGAAAUAUAGCUAUGGAUUCUUCAGUGCAGCAAUCAAGCUGCCUGCAGGCCUCACAUCUGGUGUUGUAGUAGCCUUUUAUUUGUCUAAUGCAGAUAUGUAUCCCCACAGUCACGAUGAGAUCGAUAUUGAACUGCUCGGCAACGAUAAACGAAUCGAUUGGAUCCUCCAAACGAAUGUGUAUUCGAAUGGUGUGAGCACCGGGAGAGAAGAGAAAUUCUAUUUCUGGUUUAAUCCGACCCUGCAGUACCAUUACUACAGCAUUCUUUGGAACAGUCAUCACAUAGUGUUCCUUGUCGAUAAUAUACCGGUGAGGGAGUUCCCGAACAACGGAAAAUUCUCGGCGGCAUAUCCCUCGAAGCCGAUGUCUCUUUACGUUACCAUAUGGGACGCGUCAGAAUGGGCAACUCAUGGAGGGAAAUACCCUGUCAAUUACAAGUAUGCCCCAUUUGUGACUUCAGUUACAGACAUGGAAAUGGCUGGCUGUACCAUAAAUCCUAAGCAGCCAGAUUCGUCUUGUUCGAAUGCCAGCCUUUCGGGCAUCGACCCCGUCGGUGGGCCCGACUUCGUUAAGCUAUCAAAUCAACAGGUAACUGCCAUGGAUUGGGCAAGAAGGAAGCUCAUGUUCUACUCCUACUGUAAAGAUACAUCCAGAUACAAAGUUUUGCCUCAAGAGUGCAAGUAAAAUUUACUAUUACUCAUAUAUAUAUAUAUAUAUAUAUAUAUAUAUAUAUACAAAUUUUUCUCC